GGCAAUCGGUAGUAGCAGCACCAGCUGCAAAGGAACGUGUGUCAGUGCCAGAGAAAAUGGCGGAGUGUCCGGUGCGGUAAUAACAGUACAGAUAGCAUAGUGGCCUACGGAAGGGAGGUAGGACGCGAGGGCCGAAGGACAUGGAGCAAGCGCUCACGUCGACGACGAGACGUCGCGGUCAUCAACAUCAUCCACGGCAUGCAACGAGGAGACGUGUUGACAUUUCCAGUAGAGGACCCGCGCAGUGUGGCCCUACUGGAACAACUUUGACAGAUGACACAGCUGAUUCAAAGACGACGAAUCCUCACAUCAGCAGUGACGUGACAACAACGUCUGCUGCACAUGAGGAACCUAACCUAACAACCGUCCUCGUGUCACCUCGACGUUUAGCUGCUUUUCGCAAAACUCUCGACUCAAACAAGUUCCCUGAUUCAAAACAACAGUCAAUAGAAACAACAAUUCACAAUAUUGAUCAAUCAAAUAACGUCCAAAAAAGGCCCGCGCAGUGUGGCCAGGACGUUAAUAGAAAGAAAUUAAAUAAACGAAAAAUUAAGAAAGCACAAGGCCUGGAGGAGGCACCUCGGAUAGAAGAAGAAACAAAAUUAGAUAAUCGAGGAGAAAGCCCUGAACCUGAGCACGCGGACGCGAGGGUUCGAGGUGAUGGGAACUCAGACGAUGAGUCUAUUAACAUUGAGGACGAUCCGGAGCUAGCUGAACUUGCGAGAUUGCGAUGUCCAAGCGAAAGAACUGAGGUCGAGGCUGAACGAGAAGCAAGAAAAAGGAAAAGAUGCGCCGAUUAUCCUGGGCUUGCCUUUGGCUGCUCUAUUUUUUCCAGCGACACAAUGAUGAAGUUCAAUUUAAUUAGAAAUGAACUUGUGAAUAUUACUGGCAAUCAGCUAAAAAGGGCUGAAUCCGAAGUCGCCGCUCUCAACCGUCGUAUCCAACUUUUGGAGGAAGACCUCGAGAGAUCAGAGGAGCGUCUUGCCACCGCCACUGCCAAAUUGGCGGAGGCAUCACAAGCUGCCGAUGAGAGUGAACGGAUACGCAAGGCUCUCGAAAAUCGAACUAAUAUGGAGGAUGAUCGGGUCUCCUUAUUGGAACAACAACUCGCACAAGCUAAACUCAUCGCUGAGGAAGCAGAUAAAAAAUACGAGGAGGUUGCCCGGAAGCUAGUCAUGAUGGAGCAGGAUCUCGAGCGCGCUGAGGAGAAGUCCGAGCUGUCUGAAAACAAAAUCGUCGAGCUGGAAGAGGAACUACGCGUUGUUGGCAACAAUCUUAAGUCUCUUGAAGUGUCGGAGGAGAAGGCAAACCAGCGCGAAGAGGAGUACAAGAACCAAAUUAAAACCCUCACGACGCGUCUUAAGGAGGCUGAGGCACGUGCUGAAUUCGCUGAGAGAUCCGUGCAGAAGCUCCAGAAGGAGGUCGACAGGCUCGAAGACGACCUCAUGGCCGAGAGAGAGAAAAACAAAUUGCUCCAGGAGGAGAUGGAAGCCACCCUGCAUGACAUCCAGAACAUGUAGAGCGUGUUGCGUUGCAGAAAAAGGCUGUUUGGCGUGCUUUUGUGGUGCAAAAACAUAAACAAACAAACCAUUUAUAUAACAUAACGGACUAAAUGCAGUAUUUAGGCUAGCCUCCUUAUCCUCCUGAUCACCCGUCCGAUGUGCGUGUGAUAUUUUUGUAUGCCUUUGCGUGAUUGUUGAAAACACAUGAGAGUGAUAGAGAAAAUUAGUGAGAUAAAAGAAUGAUUAAAAUACAGACAAAAUAAACAAAAAAAAGCCGAACAUAAAAGAAGGAAGUAAUGCACAAUGAAAAAAACUAUUGCUCGCGUAUUUCGCUUCCAUUCCUCAAAAUAAUAAUAAUAAUCAUAAACUAGCGGCUCAAUUCGGACGAGAUAUGGCACUUAAAUUUUAAAUAUUUUCACGAAUUAAAUAUAUUCGCUAGAUAGAUAACUAUGCUCACAAAAAAUGCAUUUAAUUGUACAUUCCCUUUUUUCUUGAAAAAGAAUAAUUUUUUUGUUAAUAAAAAAAUAAUAUUUAGAAAAAUGCAUAUUUAAAAAUUCUUGUGUUGCGAUAAUUUAUACAAU